AUGCCACACACAUACGGGGACGAUGACCUUGACAACAUCGAAGAAAAGUACGACGAAUCAGCAGACGAAGACUUCAAUCCCGAUGUCGCGCCUGUGGAAGACACAUCAAGCUCCGAAGAUGAGGACCAUAUCACGAUAGAACCCGCACAGCGCAAAGGCAAGCGCAAGGCACCUGUCGAGGACGACCUCGACUCUGGAGAUGAAGUGACAAUCCAAGCAGCGCGAAGGAAGCGGUCGAAGAAGAAGGGGAAGAAGGGAAGCAAGGAAGAUGGAGAUGGAUUUAUCGCGUCGGACGAUGAGGGUGGACAAGGUGGACUGGUCAAGACGCGAGCACAACGGAGAGGUGAAGCAAAAGACACAAGGCCGCUAGCCAGGACGGAAGGGGCGACGGUGGAUGUGGAUGCUUUAUGGGCCCAGAUGACAGCAGCACCUCUGAAACCCCUUCUGGCGCAAGUUCAAGAGCCGGAGGCGCCAAAGGACCAUGCGCCUGUCGUUCAUAUCCCCGCGGCGGUCGAAGAGGAAGAGCAGAUAGCGAUCAAGAAAGUCUACACCUUUGCUGGCCAGGACACAACAGAAGAAAAGCAAAUACCACGCUCACAACUCGACAAGCAUCUUAAAGAUGGCUGGAAGACACUCGAUGCGUCUACAGCAGCAACGCCCCAAGAUGGAUCAUCGGUUGAACCCCCAAAAGAGACAGGGCCCAAAAUACGUCGCCCACUACGCCGACCAUCGCGAUUUGACCCCAACCCUACCGGCUACGUCCGCGCCCUCGCCCCGGAGUACCAGCUUUCCUGGCCAAGAACCGAUGCCGCCACACUACAACCCGAGCAGGAACAUGUACUAGACAUGGAGGCGCCAGCCACUAAGAAGACAGAGAAAGCCCAGAAACUCAACGUAGUGGACAAAUCACGUAUGGACUGGACGGGUUUCGUCGACAAGGAGGGCAUUGCCGAGGAAUUGGAUACGCAUGGCAAGACCAAGGAAGCUUACCUUGGACGUAUGGACUUUUUGGCUGGCGUGGAGGCGAGAAGAGAAGAAGAGAGAAGAAACUUGAAGAUCAAAGCUGCGGCUGCAGCCCCGACUUCCUGA